GUUGCUACAAUGCACAAACCAAUUACCGCCAAGGUUCAGCCAAAAAAGAAACAACAAAUCCGUGGAAAGGGUCUCAAAAAGAAGAAGGUAUCCUUGAAAUUCACCAUUGACUGCACACAUCCAGUUGAAGACAGUAUCAUGGAUCUUGGAGAUUUCGAAAAUUACCUGAUGGCUAAAAUAAAGAUUAACAACAAACUUGCCAACUUCAGUGGCAAGAGCGGACAGCACUAUAUAACAUUGUCCCAAGAAAAGGGAACGAAAGUAGUUUUAUCAGCUGAAAUUCCUUUCUCCAAAAGGGAUCUCAAAUAUUCGACCGAAAAAUAUUUGAAAAAGAACAACCUCAGAGAUUGGUUGAGAGUAGUAGCAUCAGAUAAAGAUAAUUAUCAGUUGAGAUACUUCCAGAUCAACGACCAAGAUGAUAAUGAGGAAGAAGAUAAUGAAUAA